GGCUCCUGGUGUGAUGCUGUGUUGCUAAGAGAAUCAGUAUAAUCCUUGGAGGUAGAAGCAGGGAAAUACUGAGUAGGAGUAGACAGGUGGUAUUGUCUGGAUAUAGGGCAUCAGGGAGACCAUUACUGGACACACUGUCCACUUCUUGUGUUCUCACUUCAACAAGGAUGUUGAAAACCUUAAAAUGACAAAGAAAAGAACCACCAGAAUUAUUCAAGGUCUGGAAAACCUGCCUCAGGGCGAAAGACUUACAGAGAUCCAUCGGUUCGUUUUAUUCAAGUGAAGGUUAGGGGGUGACUUGAUCCUGGUUUAUAAGUACCUACAUGGGGAGAUUCAUGUGGGUUCUUUAUCCCAGCAGAAAAACGCCUCUUGCAUUGAAUUACUCCCCAGGAAGAGGAGGGAGGGGAAAGGGCCCUCGUCUGGUACCACUAACUGUGGCCACCAGAGGGCCCUGGCUAUUGUCACUUGCUGACUAUGGACAGUUCUUCCAGUGGGUGUUUCCCUGUCUGAGGAUACCGGGUUUGAGCUUCCUGGGUCAGAGGCUGCUGCUGCCUCCAUUGCUGCAGAACCACGUCAGCGCUUGGCUCCAGAUCGCCCCGUGUGCCGGGGAACGGGAAAGGGACAUGGCUGCAGCGGAUCAUGCUCAGGGGUCGGUUACCUUCGAGGAGAUGGCUGUGUAUUUCCCUGAGGGGCAGUGGGCUCUGCUGGAUCCACGUCACAGAGUUCUUUACAGGAACCUCCUGGGGUUUCCUGUUCCCAAGCCCAGUGAGAUCUCCCGGCUGGACCGAGGGGAAGAGCCAUGGGGCCCAGAUCUCCAGGGCUGUGAAGAAAGGGGUAUCCUGAGAAGCAGCCACACAGCAGGAGACGGGAUGGGCAGUGAGAGUGAGGAGGAGAACUCUCAGCUGGAAGGUCCUGAGCUAGUGCAACCACACAGGAGGAUGUCAGGAAGAGCUGAAGGGAACAUUUCCCAGAGCCCUGAGCAGGGAGAAGCCUGGGAGAGUCAGCACAGACUGCAAAGGCAGCCAGGAACCCAGCCAGGGAAAGGAUUGGAUAAAUCAUGUCACAGGCCCGUGGACACCACCCACCAGAGAAUCCCCAAUGAAGAGAGACCGACCAUCUGUGAGGAAUGUGGCAGAAGCUUCAGUCGCAGCUCAAACCUGAUUGUCCAUCAGAGACUCCACGCCGGAGAGAAACCCUAUAAAUGUCUGGACUGUGGGAAAAGCUUCAGCCGGAGCUCCCACCUGAUCACCCAUCAGAGACUGCACACAGGAGAGAAGCCCUACAAGUGCUCCAACUGCGGGAAAAGCUUCAGUGACAGCUCCACCCUCAUCACCCACCAGAGACUCCACACCGGAGAGAAACCCUACAAAUGCCCUGACUGUGGGAAAGGCUUCAACCAGAGCUCCAACCUCACUUCCCACCAGAGAACUCACACAGGGGAGAGACCCUACAAGUGCCCUGAGUGCGGGAAAAGCUUCAGUGUCAGCUCCUACCUCAUCAGGCACCAGAAAAUUCACACGGGAGAGAGACCCUACAAAUGCGAGGAAUGUGAGAAGAGCUUCAGUCAGAGCUCCAGUCUUAUCAACCACCAGCGAGUGCACACUGGAGAGAAACCCUAUAAGUGCAUUGAUUGUAACAAAUGGUUCAGGAACAGCUCAGACCUGAUUAGACACCAGAGAACCCACACAGGAGAGAGACCAUAUCGGUGCCCAGACUGCGGGAAAAGCUUCAAUCGCAGCUCGAACCUCAUGACACACCAGAGGAUCCACACGGGAGAGAAGCCCUAUGAAUGCCCCGAGUGCAGGAAGAGCUUCACUGUGAGCUCAGCCCUGAUCAAACACCAGAGGACUCACCGGGAGGAGAAGCCUUACGACUGCCCUGAUUGCGGGAAAAGCUUCAUUCGCUGCUCCAAUUUUCUUACGCAUCGGAGAAUCCACACAGGGUAGAAACCGGCAUCCCCUGAUAUCCCUGCCCCCACCCCAUGCCAGCUCAGAAGGAGCCGCUUUGAGCCAGGGUCAGCCUGGCUGGCAGACUCCAGGGAGCUGCUGCUCAGUGGGGUCUGGGAAUCUGGUUUUGGGGCACAGAGGACUGGGGCAGAUGGUUAUUUCUAGGAAGGGAGGGAUUGUUUUGUUUUGGAUUUCAAACACUUUUAUAAACACAGUCCCACUCAUGCAGCCUCAGCAGGUGGCACCAUGCCAGGCAGCUUUACCCUGCCUGUCCUUGUGGUGAGGAGGAUGCCUAGAAAGCAGUGGUUACGCUAAUAAACAUGUCUAUGGGCUCUAUCGAUGUUAUGUUCGUACAAUGUGCCUGGGGAGGUUACACAAAUCAAACUGGCCGUGGAAAAGCAGACUCAUACUCAGAGAUUCAUUACGUUUGAAAGACUGUGCUGAAUUAAUGGCAUUUGAAGUACGCAUUUGGAUUCAGACGCCCCCAGGAAAGUUUAUCUAUGCACUGGUUUCACCUGAUAAGUAACAAAGAAUUCAAACAUAUGUCUGCUCUGGCCCAGCAACAGCUCGGUCAUUCUAGGUGUCGGGAAGUGUGUUCCUGAGUUCAUGAUG